AUGCCGCCCAAGAAGGUGUCGCUGCCGCCCAACCCGCCGCCGCAUGCGUCGCAAAGCAUCCCGCUCCAGUACACCACCUUCUUCUCAGUCGCCCCGCUCAACGCCAAGAACGUCGCCUCCUCCUACCUCAAGACAGAAGCGCAGACAUGGAUUGCCCGUGCACAGUCCGCAUCGCAGUCGCAGCCGCAUUCCAGAAAGAGGCGGAUCGAUGCGCUCAGGGAUGCCGCAGACGCCCCGGACGCCAGCAUGAACCUCGACGACGACGACGACCUCGAUGCCAACGACGGUGAAAAGGAGGCGGCCGAAAACACGCCCGCCCACCGCACCAUCGUCAUCCAUCCAGGCUCCGAAUCUCUCCGGCUCGGUCGAGCAACUGACCUCUUCCCGAUCGUCAUCCCCAACGUGAUUGCUCGUCGUGCCAAAAAGUCGUCAAGCUCUACCAACCAGACUGCCGGCAGCUCCAAUGCCAAUGGCACCCCAGCAGACGCUUCCAAAGACGAGGACGCCGACGUAGACAUGUCCGACGCUGCCGAGUCACCAAACAAGCUCGAUCAAGAUGGUGGCGAUGCAUCCGCGUCCCUGCGCAAGAAUCCGCGUAGGUCGGCCGCCAAUGCGCCCGCACAACAAGAGCCCUCGUCCGACGCUUCGCAAGACGACGCCGAUGCCGAGGCCACACCAAAGCGCUCGCUCGCAGACGGCAUCGAAGCCAUCCGCAACGAUCUGCGCGCCAUCAUGCGCCAGGAAAAGCUGCGCUCCGUCGGCAACGCCAAGAACCUCGCCGCCAACUACAACGACAGCAGCCAGCCCGAAGACGUGCCCGAACACAACGACCUCUUCGGCCUGCAGUGGACCGACGAGGAUGCCGGGGGCGACAACGAGGUGCUGGUCGGCGAGCAGGCGCUGCGACUCGCGUGCUUCUCCCAGCCCAAGACCGCAGAACCCAAGCAGAACCAGCGCCGACAGCAGCAGCAGCAGCAGCAGCAGCAGCCACAAGCCGCAUCCGUCAAGCCGCUCUCGCCACCCGAUGCAGACCGUCCCUGGACGCUCUUCCGCCCCUUCCAGCGCGGCACGCUCGACCUCAACACGUACGAACAACACUACGGCGCCUCGGCAGCAGCACGCGCACUGCUCGGAGACGUGCGCUGCAUCCUCGAAAGCGCCAUCACCUCGCCGCCCGAGGACACCGACGAGCGCCAGGAGACGGGCAAGGUGGCGCCCAUCGGCCUCGGCAUCCCCCGCGCCGAAUUUGGCGGCUGCUCGGUCAUCCUCAUCGUGCCGGACCUGUUUUGCAAGUCGGACAUCAAGGCGCUCACCGAGCUGCUGCUGGUGGAUAUGGGUUUUGCGCAGGCGUGCAUCCAGCAGGAGAGCGUGUGUGCGACGUUUGGCGCCGGCCUCUCGACGGGCUGCGUGGUGGACCUGGGCGCGGAGAAGAUCUCGGUGUCGUGUGUGGAGGAAGGGCUGGUGCUGCCCGAGACGCGCGUGCAGCUGGCGUACGGCGGUGCGGAUCUGACGCGCUUCCUGGGCGAGCUGCUGGCGCGCGCCAAGUUCCCCUACCGCGAGCUGGACGUGCGCGCGAGCAUCGCCGACACGCUGCUGCUGGACGAGCUCAAGCGGCGGCUGCUCACGCUCAACCCGGCGGACGUGGGGCUCAACAUCCACGACUUUUACCUGCGGCUGCCGUCGAGGUCGACCAAAAAGUACCUCUUCCGCACGUACGACGAGCUGAUCCUCGCGCCCAUGAGCCUGUUUGACCCGUCGGUGUACGGUCUCGAUGCCAAGAGCUCGCUCAAGCGCAGGCAGCGCGCGGGGUAUGUGGAGGAAGAGGCAGAGGACGGCGUGGCGGAAGACUCGCCCGAGCUGAGCGUGGUGCGUGGGCUGGACGUGCCCGUGACGGCGGCCAUGACGAGCUGCGUGAAGCAUCUGCUGCCUGCGGAGCCCACGCCUGCGCCUGCGCCGGCGGUGUCGGCACCCGAUAUGGGCGCAGUGGCUUCCGAGGCCGGCACUCCCGCGCCAUCCGCCGACGACAAGCCCAAACCCAAACCCGCUGCGGUGGCGCUGGCAGAUGCUGGAAGCGCCAGCGCGAUGGGAUCGCGUGCCAGUUCGCCUGGCGCCAAACCGGAGGGUGCGGACGGUAGCAUGCUGCCAUCCGCCGACGCUUCUGCGCGGCCGUCGCCUGCGCCUCAGAACGGCACCGCCGUCGCUGCUGCGGGCGCUGUUGCCGACGAGCCCGCGCAGCCGACUGGACCGGCUGUGCCGACGAUCGACAUCCACCGCGAGGCGAGCAAGACGGGGCUGGACACGGCGAUCCUGCAUGCGCUGCUGACGUGCGUGGCGCCGUCGGGCUCGGACGACCGGCUGCGCAAGAUGGCGGCCAACGUGCUGUGCGUGGGCGGUUCGGCGCGCAUCCCCGGGCUGGGUGCGGCGCUCGAGGCGCGGCUGGCGGCGAUGCUGGCGGCGCACUAUGCGGCGGUGGCGGGCGACGCGGCGAGCGCACCCAAGGUGACGGCGAUCCCGCCGCCGCGCGAGAUGGACCCGCAGGUGCUGGCGUGGAAGGGCAUGAGCGUGUUUGCAAGGCUGGAGGCGGCGGCGUCGGAGGCGUAUGUGCGCAGAGAGGACUGGACGCUGUUUGGAUGGCGAGCGCUCAAGGAGAAGACGCUGUUUUUGUGA